CAUCACGAGGUGCUAUCAGUUUCGUUGCCCUACCGGUUGUCCGUUGCCCUACCGGUUGCCCUCUACACACAUGUACAUACGUCAUCAUCACUCUCAGUUGCUCCACAGUGGCAUUGGUCUGUACAACUAUUACAUACAAACUUUCUAUUUCUAAAUAUUCAUCAAAUUCGCUAGAAAACGCACCACUAGUGGCCACUAUGGAGGUAAGUCUGUAUAACUAGCGUGAACACCAUUCCAUUGUCGGUGCGCUCUACUGACUGAUAGUCGCAUGCCCUCCUUCCUGUCACACCUCAUCGUGUUGCUCUAAAUAGCAUGGCCGCAAUCACCAUAUCCAUGACAACAGCUGAGACGUUCACGCGAACAGGGGACACCUUACAACCGCAUCCGGCACGCCAUCAUAUCAACACAGCUCGCUCGUUUAUUCUGGCCGCAAUAUAAACGAGUGUCACUCUCUGUCCCGCAGCAGUGACACGCGCAAGACUGUCAGCGUGGGAAAACAAUUCGCAAUGGCCGCAAUGGAAAUCGACGUCAGUCGUUUGCAGACUCCACCUCUGUUUGAAAAACGACGAGCUCGCAAGCUGCCUCGAACCCCAGAAAUAGAGCGUAAACAAUAUCUCGAUUUAUGGGACUUGAGUGUGUGGGAAGAAGACGACAGCAGCAAGAGUGAGCGACCGUCGGCGAUUGACGACAUCAUGCGCAGGUCGUCGGUGAUCAGCAAGAAGGAAGAAAACGACGAAAACGAGCCCCCGGCGACUGACAAGGAACGAGCAGCAGACAUCGAAAUUGCCAUCAAGUGGAUUAGACAAGAACUGUCAGCCAUGCGAGAUCAAGAUCGAAAACUGCUGCGACAGUUUACCGCCAUCAGAAACGGCAUUCAGCACCUGAAAACGAUGCGAGAAAUUGCUGAUGCAGACUCGGAAGGCGAUGAGCAUCACAACGAGUCGUACAAGAGCAGCAGCAUCAGUAGUAACGCGAAUCCACCUCGUGCUGCAUCACCAGCUGCAUCAUCAAUCUCUAGGGUCAAACCCGUAACACCCACAAUGACAGGGAUAAAGAACUCCAGGGUUUCUCAACUGUCCGUACCGGAUUCUCCUAAAGCCUCAUCAGCACCAUCAUCUCCUGUUCAAUUGAGAAUGUCACGGAACCGACGUACUAGACCACAAUCGAUGGCACAAGGUGGAUCGUUUGUAUGGCAAGGAGUGUCGACUGUACAGUUGAGAAACGCAACAUUUUUGGGAGCACAGAAGGUGCCUCUGGUGAAAAAGAAGAUGAACGUGUCUGUGAGCGAAUUGAAUUUGAGAAAAAACAAGAGAAAUUCAUGGUGUUAA